AUUUCUUCAUCUAUAAAUCCCUCUCAUUCCAACAAAAUCAUAUUCAAAACCAUAACCUUAAAUCAACCCUAGUUUUAAUCAAUCCAUUACCCUAAUUAAUUACAAUGUCAAACUCAUCAACUUCCUUCAUUGUUCUCCUUCUUCUCUCCCUCUUCCUCAUUUCACCCUUUCUCCUCCAAGCACAAACCUCUUCUCCUUCUCCUUCUCCUUCUCAUUCUUCUUCUCCUUCUUCUUCUCCUUCUCCUUCUCACUCUUCAUCUCCUUCUCCUUCUCCUUCUCCUUCUCCUUCUCAUUCUCCUCCUCCUCCUUCUACUUCUACCUCUUCUUCCAAAGCAUGCAAAUCAACAUUAUAUCCAAAACUAUGUCGUUCCAUUCUCUCCUCAAUCCGUUCCUCUCCUACGGACCCCUACCACUUAGGAAAAUUCUCAAUAAAACAAAGUCUCAAACAAGCCAAAAAACUAUCCAAAGUAUUCAAAGACUUUCUCAAAAAACAUCAUCACUCUACUUCUCUUAACCAUGCCGAAAUCGCGGCACUAGAUGAUUGUAGUGAACUAAACCAGCUCAAUGUAGAUUACUUAGAGUUAGUUCGAGAUGAACUUAAAUCAGCUGAUUCAUCAUCUUUUAACAACACCGAUGUGUUGGUGGAAAAAGUUGAAACUUAUCUUAGUGCUGUGGCUACUAAUCAUUAUACUUGUUUUGAUGGGUUGGUUGUGACUAAAAGUAACAUUGCUAAUGCACUUGCUGUGCCAUUGAGUAAUGUUACACAAUUAUAUAGUAUUUCACUUGGGUUGGCCACUCAAGCUUUGAGUAAAAAUAUUAAGAAACGAAAGACUCGCAAACAAGGUCUUCCUACUAAGGCUUACAAGGUCAGACAGCCACUUAAAAAGCUUAUUAAGCUUCUUCACACAAAACACAGUUGCAGCAAUAACUCCUCAAACUGUUUAAGACACGAAAGGAUUCUUAAAGAAAGCGAAAAUAGAGGAAUUUUACUGAAAGAAUAUGUUAUUGUGAGUCUUGAUGGCACAGAAAACUUCACUUCUAUUGGGGAAGCCAUUGAUGCUGCACCUCAUAAUUUGAAGGCAGAAGAUGGCUAUUUUCUUAUAUAUGUCAGAGAAGGAGUAUAUGAGGAAUAUGUUACUAUUACAAAACAUAAGAAGAAUAUCUUGCUUAUUGGUGAUGGUAUUAACAAGACUUGCAUCACAGGAAAUCAUAGUGUGAUAGAUGGUUGGACAACUUUUAAUUCUUCAACCUUUGCUGUUUCUGGAGAGAGAUUUAUAGCAGUGGACAUAACAUUCAGAAACACAGCAGGUCCUCAAAAGCACCAAGCCGUAGCAGUAAGAAACAAUGCAGAUCUCUCCAUAUUCUACCGUUGCAGUUUCGAAGGAUACCAAGACACACUCUAUGUCCACUCCCUCAGACAAUUCUACAGAGAAUGUGACAUCUAUGGCACAGUUGAUUUCAUUUUCGGCAACGCGGCCGCAGUACUUCAAUCUUGCAACAUUUUUGCAAGAAAACCAAUGGCAAAUCAAAAAAAUGCUAUAACAGCACAAGGUAGAACUGAUCCAAAUCAGAACACAGGAAUUUCAAUACAAAAUUGUAGGAUUGAAGCUGCUGAUGAUUUAGCUGUAGAUUUGAAUUCAACUAAGAAUUACUUAGGAAGACCAUGGAAAGUGUAUUCAAGGACUGUUUAUUUGCAAUCAUAUAUUGGUGAUUUAAUUCAACCUUCUGGAUGGUUAGAAUGGAAUGGAACAGUUGGGUUAGAUACACUAUUUUAUGGUGAGUUUGAUAAUUAUGGACCUGGUGCUAUAACUCAUAAUAGGGUACAAUGGCAUGGUUACAAUUUAAUGACUCCUAAUCAAGCUUGGAAUUUCACUGUGCUUAAUUUUACAUUGGGGAAUACUUGGCUUCCUGAUACAGAUGUACCUUACACUGAAGGACUACAUUUAGAUGAUUGAAGUAAUAAAUUUGAUUCAUUAUAUUUGCUAGAUGUAAUGUAAGCUUGGAAUUUGAUUGAAAUAAAAAAAAUAAAGUUAUCAUGGA